UGAUUUUGGACUUAGUGAACCAUGUGAAUACGGACCCCAUGCAAGCCAGUUUCUUCCAGUGGUCUACUCCCUGUUCUUCGUGGCGGGCUUCCUGGGCAACAUGCUGGUGCUGUGGGUCAUCCUGAGAGGUGCUCAGAUAAAAAGCAUGACUGAUGUGUCUCUAAUGAACCUGGCCAUCGCUGAUCUUCUACUAAUCUUCACUCUCCCGUUCCUGGCUCACUAUGCCAGAGAUACCUGGAUAUUCGGUAACGUCAUGUGCACUCUGGUCCUCAGUGUGUACUACGUUGGAUUUUAUGCUGGUAUUUUCUUUAUUGUGUUAAUGAGCAUCGACAGAUACUUGGCUAUCGUCCAUGCUGUGUUUGCCUUGAGAAUCCGAACAAAGGCUUAUGGGAUUUUAGCAAGCAUGGUAGUCUGGAUGCUAGCUGUUGCAGCAUCAUUUCCUGAGCUACUGUAUCUUGGAGUUGAACCAUUUGGAAAAGAAUUAGUUUGCAGCGCUUAUCCAAAAAAUAAAGAAAGUCACAAUAAUGUGAGAAGUGCAGCUUUCAUUAAAAUGAAUGUUUUAGGCAUGCUGAUCCCACUGAGUAUUGUAGGAUUUUGUUACUCGAUGGUGCUCCGGAAGCUUCAGACCCUUCAAUCCUCCAAGAAAUUGGCCAUUCGUCUUGUUGUUGUGGUCAUGGUGGUCUUCUUUUGCUGUUGGAUACCGUACAACAUUGCAGCGCUCCUCAAAGCACUGGAACUGAAGCACAUCCUGUCUCCAAAGUGUGAGCUUAGCAAAAAUAUCCAAUUGAUGCUGCAAGUCACUGAAGCCGUUGCAUAUUCACACAGCUGCCUCAAUCCGUUCCUCUAUGUGUUUGUGGGAGAAAAGUUCAGACGGCACCUCGCCAGGCUCCUCCUCCAGACCCCAAUGGUCAAAGUGGAGUGUAUGAGCCACUACAUGACCCAGGUCUCAGGCUCUGUGUAUUCACGAACCACAAGCAUGGAUGAACGUUCAGCUGGUGUCUGAAUGGAGGAACAAGAAAUCUGUUUUGUUUGUUUGUUUUGCAAUGCAGUGCAUGUAUUGAUUAUUUUCAUUUUAUUACUGCAUGUACAAAUGAAAAUUAAAUAUCUCUAUCUAGUUAUAAAUUUCCAUUUUACAUUUAUUUUAGCUUUUGUUUACUCAUAGAUGUAUCUUUGUAGCUUUACAUUUUGGAUCUUUAAUAUGUCUUUCACUGAAAAAUGCAGACACAUUGUACCUUUAAAAAAACAUUCAUAGUACAUAAGCGUAUUAUGAUUGAAACUGCAUUAUUGCUUUUAACGAUGCACACUUAUAGCUGCCACAUGUUUAUUUGGUGCAUCCCCUUCAUAUUUCCUUUGUAUUUGGAGUAGUAAAAGACCGCAUAACUGACUGUACAAACUUUAACUGGGUCUCAGAUUGCAUGCUUUUAUUGGCCUACAAACUUCUGAUUUAGGCAAAAGUAAUGUGUCUUUUAUACCAGUUCCUCUAUAUUAUUAUUAUUAUUAUUAUUAUUAUUAUUAUUA